AUGACGGCCUCUGAUACCCUUGACUUUCCCAACCGGGAACCAAUACUGAUCGACCUCAAACUGUUCCCGUCGACAUUCGUCUUACCAACGCAUCUCACCCUGGAAGAAUUACAUGAAGUGGAAGAAUCUUUGACUGCCUGUGGUGCUUCUGUCACGUACGAUGUUACUGAGGCACGGUUGGUACUGGGAAAACUGUCUCAGAAAAAGCGGGCUGCUUUGGAGCUUCGCGCAAGAGGCGUAUGGACGGAAGAAAUAACUCCUGGGCCUGUGGAAACCCCUGAUCCCCCACCCCUGAAAAGACGCCGCCUCGAUAAGCCUGCAAAUGCUGUGGAGGCUGUGAAAGAACCCCAGAUUGUUGAUCUAGGUCUAGAAUCCGAACUUGACGAAGAGGAUGGAUUUGACGGGAGUAACAACGGCCAAAAAAGGAUUUUAAAACCAUCAGAGACUGCUCCGGUCCCGCGCUCUAUUCUCUCUUUGUCUCCACCUCGCAACAGCGAUAUACGGGUGGUAAAAUUAGAAUGGCUGCGUGAAUCGUUGGCCGCUAGGUCCUGUCUCCCGCUCACAUCGUUUACUGUCUAUCACGCGAAUAAGAUUUCCCGACCUGAAACACCCAAGGAAACGAAAUCAGUUUCUGUCCUGGGCUCCGAACAUGACUCUGUAGUUUCAACGCCCCAAUCUCCCUCUCGUCAAAGAGAUGGAGAACCACAAGGGAUCCUUGAACGGGCAAAGGCGGAUGCAGCCACAGCGCCUCGAUCACGAUUUGUCCCAGCCGCCGAGAGAUCCCGUCGACCCAGGAUCAGUCAAGAUGGUAGCCCAAGCUCUAAGAAAGUACGGCCAAAACUGUAUCGACAGACAACUUCGGAACAUGAGCAAGCUGCUCCUCUUCCGCCCGCCCCAGACUGGGUUCGAGAUAAUGUGAUAUACGCCUGUCUUCGCUCUGCUCCGCUCCACCCACCCAACGAAGAGUUCAUUAACCAACUCCUAAAGGUCAAAAGAAUACGAGAACUCACCCUGGAUGAUAUUGGAGUACGGGCGUACAGUACGUCUAUAGCCGCCAUUGCUGCGUAUCCUUAUCCACUUCAGACUCCAGAAGAGGUUCUGACUAUCCCUGGAUGUGAAACGAGGAUCGCAAACUGGUUUGCAGAGUGGAAGCAAAGUCCCGACGGGUCACUGGAAGCAGCGAAUCAGCUCGAUACGGACCCUGUUUAUUCCACUUUGAACCUCUUUUACAACAUUUGGGGAAUUGGGGCCAAGUCAGCGCGCGAUUUUUACUACCAUAGACAGUGGCGUGACCUUGACGAUGUGGUUGAACAAGGCUGGGACAGUCUGUCUCGAGUCCAGCAGAUCGGGGUUAAAUAUUAUGACGAAUUUAUGGAGGGCAUUCCACGGACCGAAGUUGAAUAUAUUGCAAAAGUUGUCCUCGAGCACGCUCGUCGAGUCAGGCCUGGCUCCGAUUACGAUGGCAAAGGAAUCGAAUGCAUUAUUGUUGGCGGAUACCGCAGAGGUAAAGAACGAAGUGGAGAUGUUGACAUGAUUCUCAGUCAUCGAGACGAAGCGGUCACACAUAAUCUUGUCUACGAUGUGGUAGCCAGUCUCGAGCAAGAAGGUUGGAUCACCCACACACUCGCCUUGCAUCUAACGAACUCUCUACGCGAUCAGCAACCGUUGCCUUAUCGUGGUGAAACUGCAAGAGGGAAACACCAUUUCGACACCCUUGACAAAGCUUUGGUCGUAUGGCAGGAUCCGCACUUUGAAGGCUCAUGCCCAUCCACCGAAUCCGUACUUGAAGAAGUAGAAGGAGAAACGGGGGAGUCCGGGACCUCCGCGCAACCCACUCCUUCAAACCUAGAAAACGACACAAACACGCCUACCGGCCAAGACACUCAAGCUAGCGGAAAUACACCCAACCUUCCAGUCUCUACGAAAAGAAACCCCAAUCUACACCGUCGCGUUGAUAUCAUCGUCUCUCCCUGGCGAAGCAUUGGCUGUGCCGUGCUCGGCUGGUCCGGCGAGACAACCUUUGAACGGGAUCUCCGCCGAUACGCUAAGAAAAUGCAUAACUGGAAAUUCGAUUCCAGUGGCAUUCGCGCACGGGAGGGGAGUGGAGGACGGGUGAUCGACUUGGAGAGUAAGGGAGAAACGUGGCAGGAGAGGGAGCGCCUGGUCAUGGAGGGCUUGGGUGUGGGAUGGAGGCCGCCGGAAGAGCGAUGCACUCGAUGA